AAGGGGGAAAUCCGGGUGGGAAGUUGAGGGGAGGCCCGGCCGGGCUGGGCGGAGCGAGCGAGAACCGGCUGUGGCGGUGGAACGAGCCGACGAGCCAGAGGAGGAGAAGGGCAGCGCUUGGUGUUCGGGAUAAAGGAGAGGAAAAAAAUCUCAGAAGCAAAGGGAUGAAAUCAGUUCCAUCUUUGUCAUCAAAAGCCCUGCACAGUGGGAUUAUAUUAGGACACAGAGACUAAACAAAUGGAAAAAGUCACUCAUCUGGAAGCUCUGCUGUUUGCUGCUGUGCUGGAGAACUGUGUCGAUCAGCUUGAAAUUCUUGGGUAUAUCAUGCCAAUUUCAGAUGAGGACAAGACAGACCUCAGCCAUACUGGCAUCCAGGAAAUGAAAGAAAUCAUAGAGACCCAGAAGGAGCUGGACAUUAAUGACCCAGAGCUUAUGUCAGCAAGGCAAGAGGGUGAGGAAACAGUUACCUCCACGGCCCUGAAAAACACUGAACCCAAGCAGCAGAUGGGGAAAACUGAAGAUGGGAAAAGCACCCAUCAGCCUUCCAAAAGGGACAGGAAACACAGUGCUGUGACUGCAGAGAAGCUCAGAAAAAUUGAGGCUGACAGGCAGUAUGCAAGUGAUGUAAUUGCUGUCACUAUGAAAAAGAUGCAGGAAUCGGGAAUAUUUAAUAGCCUAACAGAAGCUAAUGAGAGAGAGAAGAUAAAAAAGAGCAAGUUUUAUGACGUCCUCAUCAGGGAGGAGGAAGGAAAGAAGGAGAUAAAGUCACUCCAGAAACAGCUGCAAGAUGUCAAGAGACAAACUGCAAAAGACCUUCAGAACCGAGACAAGAUCAUUGAUCGCCUCAAAGACAAACUCCAAGAGAAGACGGCCAAACUGGACACAGAAAGCUCCUACAUGAAGAAAGACACAGACCUCCAGAUCCACCAAACCCAGAGGAAAUGCAGCAAGGAAGAGAAUGCCCUGAACAACGAAAUCCAGAACUUGAAGAACAAAACUGAUGAGGAGAUUCAGCUCCAUACAGAGACAGAAAAUUUCCUCAGGCAACAGUAUCAGAAGGUGGAAGAGAAGCUGGAAUACUGGAUGCAGAAGUAUGAAAAUGACACUGACGCGAAAGAAGUAGAACUGGAUGACCUAAGAGCGUUGAAGGCAGAGAACUUGGAAACAAUGCAGAAAGUUGCCAAGGAGUGCCUGAUGUUCGAGGAAAACAUCAUCACUGACCGGACAGAGAAGAAGGAUAGAAAAAAACAACGAGAGCAGGACGCCCUGGAGCUGAAGAGCGCCCUGAAGGUGCAGGCCUGGUGGAAAGGCACGAUGGUCCGCAGAUUCCUUGGCCCUUACCAGGCCCUCGAGAAGCUUCUGAAGGAACAGGCAGCAGUGCAGACAGAAACAGGGAAGGAAAAGAAAAAGUAAAGAAAGUAAAGAAAGUGCCCACAGAUGUGCUCCAGGUCUGUUGCUGGGCAGAGCACUGCAGUCUGUCUGACAGGACAAAAUAAACCAUAUAACAGAGUUCGGGCAAUUCUGGAGAACACAGUUCUUGACAGACACAGUUAAGGUGCAGCUGCAGUCAAGAUCUUGAAGCUGCCCUUGUACAGCCUGUACAGGCAGGGAGGGUCUGUGGAUCUCUGGCAAUUUAUAGGCCUUGCGUCCUAUUUUUUGUUUAAAUAAUACAAACUAGUGGUGAGGAGGGACAAAAAGAGAAGUAAACAUUCUAGCUAAGAACAAACCCAGAAUAGUCUCAGUUGGAAGGGACUCAGAAGGAUCUACGAAAAGUAGAGAACCAAAGCAGGUCCAUCAAAUGCCAACUGUGAUGAUGUGGAAGGGGAAUAAACACCCGACACAGAGGAUGUGACAUUCAUUGAUUCAACAGAAAAACAUCAGGAAGAAAUACUGUAAUUCAUGU